AUGACAAUCAGAGCCAGCGGCCGCCACCGGCCGUCUCUAGCACAAGACGCAUCCGAAAGCCUCCGUGAUGGUAGUAAUAGCACGGUGUUUCGAGAUAUCCUGACAAGACGAGAAGAGAUUGAAGCGGAGGAAAUUCGAGCCCUGGAAGAUGGCGCUCUCGAAGCAACCACCGACCCGCAGAAUGACCCUGCAAACACUGCGAGUAGUAGUGAUUUGAGAACCGUACCGCAACAACAAGCAGAGUUCCGCAGAUCCAGUGUCAGAACCAGUCGCCGCAGCUAUGGACUGCCAGAACCACAAUCACAGUCAGCCUCCAAUUUGUUUGCGGGUGACGGAAGCUCUGCCUUCUUCGACGUUCUGACCAGACGACCCGAGCUCGAAGCACGGCAACGAGCAUCCGAACACAUCCCACCAGGGCAGGCGGAACACAUCCUGCAUUUGCAGACGGAACAACCGCAACAGCAAUCCAAAGCCACCGAACUGAAAAAGGAACUCGGCGGCCCAUCCAGUCGAAAAGGCUCCAUGGGCAAUACAAGUACUGGCAUCCAUGAGAAGCCACCUCCGGAUUCUACUCCUGAUGAAACCAGCAUACUGAAAAAGGAACUCGGCGGCCCAUCCAGCGGAAGAGUAACCACUGUCAAUCCAAGUACUGGCAUCCAUACUGUGUCGCCAUCUCCGGCUGUUACUCCUCCUCCUGAUGAUGAAGAAUCCGGCGUUCUUCAGACAAUGGACGAGAGUACUUGUGAGGAUAAAACUUCCAGUGUGGCCAUCAUGACGGCACAGUGUGAGCCACUAGCCGAACCAUCACAGCAAUCGUUCUGUCCUCCGGCAUCCUGCACAGAGGAUGCAAGUGACAGAGAGGCAAACCUGAAGCAAAACCACAUGAUGAAACUGGCCGCAGAAGGCAAACAACGGAGACUUCUCUAUAGAAGAGGAGAACACUGA